AUGCAGCAGUCGCGCCGCUUCUCCUCCCUGGCCGCUCUCUCCGCAGUUCGCGGCACUACCGCCACGACAUCGGGCCGCAUCUCGUUCGCCCUGCGGUGCUACUCGACCGGCGACAAGAAGCCCGUCGGUUUUAUUGGAUUGGGCAACAUGGGUGGCUUCAUGGCACAAAACAUCUUGAAGGCCGGCUACCCGCUCGUGGUGUUCGACGUCAACAAGGGUGCCGUGGAGCGCCUCACCAGCCAGGGCGCCAAGGCUGCCGCGACUCCUCGUGAAGUGGCGAGCCAGGUCCACCAGCUGGUGACCAUGCUUCCUUCCUCUCCCCACGUGCAGGAGGUGUACACCUCCGAGAACGGCAUCUUCAACGGCAUCAAGGAGGGUUCCCUUCUCAUCGACGCUUCCACUAUCGAGCCCGCUGUUGCGCGCGGCGUCAUUGCCAAGGCCGCUGAGCACAAGGUGACCAUGGUGGACGCUCCCGUGUCCGGCGGCGUGGGUGGCGCCGAGAAGGGCACGCUUACCUUUAUGGUUGGCGGUUCCCAGGAGGAGUUCGACCGCGCCAAGCCUCUGCUCUCGGUCAUGGGCAAGAACAUUGUGCUCUGCGGUGGUGCUGGUAGCGGCCAGGCCGUAAAGAUCUGCAACAAUCUCGUGCUCGCCAUCUCUAUGAUCGGCGUUUCUGAGGGAAUGAACCUCGGCGUGAAGCUGGGUCUUGAACCGAAGAUCCUUGCCGGCAUCUUCAACACUUCAUCUGCCCGUUGCUGGUCGUCGGACACCUACAACCCUGUCCCCGGCGUGAUGGAGGGCGUCCCCGCGUCGAGAGGCUACACUGGCGGCUUUGGCGUGGACCUUAUGGCCAAGGACGUGUCGCUGGCCAUCAACGCUGCCCACGGCGUGAAGGCGCCCAUCCCGCUCGGCGCCGUGGCCCUGCAGGUGUACAACAUGAUCAGCACCCAGGGCGGCGGAGGCAAGGACUUCUCGUCGGUCUUCGAGUUCUUCAACAAGGGCUCCGCUCCCAAGCAGUAG